AUGCGACCCAGCUCCAGCACCCGACCAAAACCUCUCUCUACUCCAAGCAAAGCCCGCCCGACCCUACAUAACCUACAUCCCUCUGCUCCUGCUUCUCCUCCGACCCCCGCACCCAGUCCAACGCCGCAUCAACGGGUACCGAGCUGGCAGAGCGCCGGGGAAGACGAAGAUACAUUUCUACGUGAUGCGAGGUCGCAUUUCAGCAUCCUGGGGCCGGCUGAGAGGCAGAGGUUCCUCGCCGAGGUGCUGAACCUCUGUGACAGCCAGCUUCUCAGCUUCGUGCAUCAUUUUGUGAGCCCGCGGCUGAAGAAGGACCCGUUUGAGACUCUGCCGAACGAGCUGUGUUUGAGGGUACUUUCGUUUGUAGAUGAUCCCAAGACGCUGUCGAGGGCGUCUCAAGUAUCGACCCGCUGGCACGAGCUCUUAAACGACGAGCUGACCUGGAAGAUCCUCUGUGAUAAACAUGCAUAUAGACGAGUGUCCGAGGACUUUGCCGAUAGUCCCGUCAGCCCAGCCUCGGCCCUCUCCCUCUCGAGACAGCCGUUUUCCUCUAGGAGUAUGGACGUGGUACCCGAGCCCUGUCCUCCCCAGCCACAGAUCCUGCCCGAGGACAUGAAAGUGUUCGCACCCGUAGCAGAGUCCUCUACAAGAAGCCGGACUCGAAAGUCACGGUCAAAAACAACGUCCUACAGAUCACAUUUCAAGCAACGAUACAUGAUCGAGGCAGCGUGGAGGAAAGGUGGUAGUGUUGUAACGAAACACAUUACCCCGGACCAAGGAGUGGUGACCAGCCUCCAUCUGACACCCAAAUAUAUAGUUGUCGCACUAGACAAUGCAAAGAUACACAUAUUCAACACCGAAGGCGAGCAUCUGAGGGUGCUGCAGGGCCACAUGAUUGGAGUCUGGGCCAUGGUGCCGUGGGACGACCUGCUCGUCAGCGGAGGAUGCGAUCGAGAUGUCCGUGUUUGGAAUAUGGCAACGGGUGAGAGUAUACACAAGCUUCGCGGCCAUACCUCCACCGUCCGCUGUUUGAAGAUGUCAAACAAGACGACUGCCAUAUCCGGAUCGCGAGACACGACGCUCCGGAUAUGGGAUCUGGCGACUGGCGUGUGCAAGAACGUACUCGUCGGCCACCAGGCAAGCGUAAGGUGCCUCGAGAUCCAUGGCGAUUUGGUCGUAUCCGGGAGUUACGACACAACAGCAAGGAUCUGGAAUAUUUCCGAUGGCAAAUGUCUAAAGACCCUGGCCGGUCACUUUAGCCAGAUCUACGCCAUCGCCUUCGACGGAAAACGCAUUGCCACUGGCAGUCUGGACACUAGCGUGCGAAUAUGGGACCCCCAGACUGGUCAAUGUCAUGCUAUCCUACAGGGCCAUACGUCCCUCGUUGGCCAACUGCAGCUGCGUGGAGAUACCCUGGUAACCGGUGGCUCCGAUGGAUCUAUCCGCGUCUGGUCCCUGCAGCGGAUGACGCCCAUCCACCGUCUGGCAGCCCACGAUAACAGCAUCACCAGCCUGCAGUUCGACGACAACCGGAUCGUCAGCGGUAGCAGCGAUGGCCGGGUCAAAACCUGGGACCUGAAGACGGGCCAGCAGGUCCGCGAGCUCAGCCAGCCUGCAGAGACGAUAUGGCGGAUCGCCUUUGAAGCCGAAAAGGCCGUCAUCCUGGCAACUCGCGCCGGAAAGACGACUAUGGAGGUAUGGUCCUUCUCCCCCCCGGAUGAAAAAUAUAUAGACCGGUCAUCCUGCCCCAGCCCCGACACGACACUAGAGGCUUCAACCGCCUCGAUAUCGACGACCGGCUCCAUGUCCUCUGAAACGGAGGCUCCUCAUGCGAUGGAAUAUGAGAUGCAGGAUCUGGAAAUGAAAGGAUCAACAACUUCGCCCAACCUCACGCCACCCGUCUUUACGACCUGGAAUACUCGCUAUCAUCACCGACUCUACUCGCCACUGAGACACGCUGCCACUGCCACUAAGCUCAUCCUCUCUGCCGGACAGCUUCAGCUUGCCCGUCCUCGCCCGACAGGACGUGUUGAGACGCCUCGAGGCAUCCUCCCUCCAGCGCCUACAGAUAUUAUACCACAGAUUAAUGCGAUAAUGGCCAGCGAGCCGGAGUCAAACCACAAUCCAAACCCGCAGAACGCGUCGAUGGCGCCUCACCCAAACCCUCCCAGCAUCGAAGCUGCCUACAAGCGGAAAUGCAUCGCGCUGAAGAAACGGCUGAACGAAGUCGAAGCUCACAAUGACGCGAUGCGUUUACGGAAUGCGCAGGGCAUCAGAUACAUCCAGAAGAUGCGCCUCGAAUCCUGCAUACUCCUGGAGCGCCUCUCUGUCUUGAUGGGAAUGGCCGAUGGCAGCGGCAGGAGAGAGACGGAGAUGAGUGGCCGUGCGAUGGCCUUGAUGAACGAGUCCGGAAGCCUCCUCGACGAAGACCAUACGAAGGACAGGCAGAAGCGAGCUGCCGAGGACCUGGAUAUGCUGGGUGAUGAAAGCGAUGGCAGCUCCGGUCACCAUCCACCUACACUUUUUCGUCCUUGUUUUGAGGCCGUACUGACGGGGUUCGCAUCGAUGCGCCAGCCGCAGGAACGUCCGCUACGAAUAAAACGAAGCCGUAAAAGCGAUGAAAGACCCGCGACUCACAGCGUCAGUGAAAUCAACAACAACAACAACAACAACAAUAGCAACAACAACAAUGUUGUGGAUUCUGUUAGCUCUACCCUUCCUAUAUUUCCCCCUUUCAAUCCCUACUACUAUCCACCUCCUCAUGCGGCUGCUGGAUACUACUAUCAACCCGGACCUCCUCGUCCGCCUCCUUUUCUUAACUACCCUUAUGCCCCGAAUCCCAACUAUGCCCCAAAUCCCAACUAUGCCCCGAAGCCCAACUAUGCCCCGAAGCCCAACUAUGCCCCGAAACACAACUAUACCCCGAAGCACAACUAUACCCCGAAGCCCAACUCAGCGAUGUUUUAUACCCAGCACCCGAUUACUUCCAAGCCAAUUGUCUAUUAUACCCAUCCAACCGUCGGCCCGCACCAAACACCCAUCUAUCCGCCAGCUGACUCACGGACUAUGCAGGUUGACUACCACCACAGCAGCAGCAUGAACCAACAAAGCAACGACCUCAGCAACUUCCCUCCAGUCGCAUCGGGGCGAGAGCACGCCCAUCGUUACGUAUCUGCCUUUGAGGCUUUCACUAAUCAGAAUAGAAAUAAUAUAGCCGAGGCCUUGAUCCGGACAUACGGACAGAGAGUUACGGACGAGGACAUCGAUCGUGCAUUGGUGAAGGAAUGGGAUGCCCUGGAACCAUCUAAAAAGCGGGAAUUUGGAGACAGACUUGAAAAGGAUAGUGGUGUCUAA